AUUUUAAGUCGAGAAAGAAUCAAACCAACCAAGACUCCAAGAAACACAUUCAAACCAGAGAAAGAAAGUAGAAAACUAGUUCUCAAGAUCUCAGAUGGGUUUGGUGGUGGUUAUAUCUCUUCCUCUGAUUUUCUUCUGUCUUCUUCUUGGAUUCGGUUGCUAUUUCCUCGGCAAAACUCGCGGCCGUCGUGACAUUCAAACAAAUCCUCAGGUGUACGGUGCUCCUGCCCCACCUCCCGGUGCAACCAUCUCUGCCUCCUCUCCGCCGUUGUUUCCUCACGCCAAGCCCGACAGUUCACACAACGUCUGAUUUUCCAUCUCCUUAUCUCUAUUGGAAGAUGAUUUUGCUUGAUCUAUUGUGAAUUGCUGUAUCUUUUCUUUUUCUCUAGCGUUCUUGAGAAUAUGUUUCUUUCUUGAUUUGUGUAUAUUUCUUAUGUAAAUUAGAGAGCUUUGAUGUCAUUAAGAAAGUUUAACGAGUGGUAUGGACCGUAUGGUUUCAAGUAUUUGAUAACGUAGUGUAAUCAGCCAAUAAUAAUUUCG